AAUGCUUGCAGGUCAAACAACAUCUGUGAAUUAACUUUUCAGGUCGAGGUGACCUUUUUAAAAAAACCUUCAGUUUAUCAGAUUUUAAAAAAAUACAUGAUUUUUUUUCUCUCUGUGAAAGUAUGAUUGAUAUCCCGACCUGUGAAGUUAAAUCAGCUAACAUGAAUCAGUAUUCAGAUUAGAACCGUUCAGUCAUACAUUUCUAUAACUGUGCUGAAUAGUGACCUUUGUUUUCAGUAUAGAAAGUGUACGGGGGGGGGGGGAGCGCAUAGAUGGACUGUUCUCACAUAGAUAUUAAAAUAUGAGGAGAGGAACACACUGUGUGACUCUUGAAACCCGGAAACCGAUUGAGUGCGAUUACGAAGGAAAUUAACUCGUCGAAACACAGAGGAGAGAAAAACGUGAACUGUAGCUACAGCAAAAACAAAAUAGAUAGCAGCUGGAUGCUUGUCCAGAAGAGGUCGAUCGUUGCAGGAGUAACAGCGAUGGUGUGCUUUUUAUUUACACUGUGAAGAGUUGGCAAGUUUAAUUCACUCCGAAGCCUCGGACCAGAGUCGCUUUCCUGGAAUGCAGCGUGUCGGAGGGGAAAGUGGAGUGGGUACCGCUGUGCCGUCGCCUCCGAGCAACUCCGCACCCAUGACCUCCGUAUGCCAGGAUGAGGAAGAGUUUGACUUCAGCUUCCUCUUCGAGUUUAACCAGCGCGAUGCAGCCUCGGGCAGCCCCGGAGAAGCCUACAGUUUUGCUUCACCACAUGUCACAGUCACUCCAUCAACAGGUGUGGUAAAUCCUUCCAUACCAAUAUCCUGCCAUGGGCUGCAGUCUUCAAGUCCGGUGGCUUCUGUACUUCCAUCAACAAAUCAAAUGAUGGGAUAUGGGGGAAACAUUGACACUGGAGCUUCAAGCUACUACUUGACUCCUAAUGUAAGACCAAAUGGUGCUCCAACGCUUGAGAGUCCAAGGAUUGAAAUUACUCCUUAUCCAGGAAUACACCUUGGCCAUAAUCAAUUUACUGAUGAAACUCAGCUGGGUGGAAUCGAGAAUGGUUCUGGUUGUAAGCGUUCCAAUUCAUUAGUUACGCUGACUCUGCCAAAUGCAGAUGCCUACAGAGAUCCCUCAUGUUUGAGCCCAGCAAGCAGUCUUUCAUCUCGAAGUUGCCAUUCUGAAGCAUCUGAAUCCAGUUAUUCCAUUCCUUAUGAUACCUCUCCACUGACUUCUCCUUGGCAGUCACCAUGUGUGUCACCCAAGGGCACAGCCCACGAAGAAGGAUUCGCUCGUGGGCAAGCUGCAUGCACCCUGUGGAAUUCACCAAGGCAUUCACCGGGUACUUCACCGAGAACAAGUAUCACUGAGGAGAACUGGCUGAGCCCACGACCAACCUCGAGACCUUCAUCGAGACCACAGUCUCCUUGUGGCAAACGAAGGCAUUCAUUCAAUGGAGGAUACUUCCGACAACCAUCCUAUUCACCGCAUCAUUCUCGAACGCCAUCACCUCAAGCCUCACCUCGGGUAAGCAUGACUGACGAGACAUGGUCAGGGAGUGGAAACCAGUACAAUUCUGCUAUUCUUGCAGCUAUUACAGCACUCACCACUGACACUUGUAUGGAUAUCAAUGACAGUAUUCCUGUCAAAUCCCCAAGAAGAACUAUACAAGACCAAAGUCCUUCCAUGUUGCUCAAGCCUGAACCAGGAAAUGAUGAACAAACAGCCUAUUCACCAUGUGGUGAUCCAUUGCAAGAAGAAUUUUCUGCAUCUCGUCUUCUUAUCAAAAAAGAAACUUUCUGUGAACAGUAUUUAUCAGUACCGCAGCAUCCAUACCCAUGGUCUAAACCAAAAUCUGUGUCAUCAUCGUCUUCAUCCUUUGCCAGCCCUUCUCUGCCUGCCCUUGACUGGCAGUUGCCAUCCCAUUCAGGACCGUAUGAGCUUGAGAUUGAGGUGCAACCUAAAUCACAUCACAGAGCACAUUAUGAAACAGAAGGCAGUCGUGGAGCUGUAAAGGCAUCUGGUGGGGGACACCCCAUUGUGCAGGUUCGAAUAUCUUAUAAGCACAUCCUUUUUAUUUUAGACUUUGCAUAACGUCUAAGCUUGUAUCUUGCAAAAUAUUUUAUCUGAUUU